AUGCUUGAGCAAGACGAGCCCGUUAACCCUCGUGGUGACUACUCUGGUGCUGCUGCUAAAACAGAUCCCGCCGAGAUUGCUCUUGUUAGGAAGCUUGACAGGAUGAUCAUGCCCAUCCUUUGGGCCAUGUACUUCCUCAACUAUCUCGAUCGAAAUGCCCUGCCCCAAGCCCGAUUGAACACCCUCGAAGAGGACCUGAACCUCAAAGGCGUCCAAUACAACACUGCCAUUUCGAUCCUGUUUGUUGGUUAUCUACUGAUGCAAGUUCCCUCCAACAUGUUCAUGACACGAACUCGACCUUCGAUCUAUCUUUCUUGCUGCAUGAUCGGCUGGGCCACCGUCUCGGCUUGUACCGCACUUGUCAAGAACUACAGCGGUCUGAUUGCUUGUCGAUUCUUCCUAGGCUUUGUUGAAGCUCCUUUCUACCCCGGUGCUCUGUACUUGCUGUCGAUUUAUUACACUCGAAAGGAACUUGCCACACGCAUCUCUUUGCUAUACACCGGACAGGUUGUGAGCACAGGAUGCUCGGGUCUCAUCGCCGCAGCCACGUUUUCAACCCUCGACAAGGUCAAGGGAAUUGCGGGCUGGCAAUGGUAUGUGCUUUUCAUCAUCGAAGGCUGCGUCACCGCCAUCGUCGCCCUGUUCGGCUUCUUCCUACUCCCAGACGAUCCCUCGCAGACUCGCUGGCUCACCCCUGAGGAGCGUGAGCUCUGCAUCCAGAGAAUCAAGCGAGACACUGUUGGCGGUCAGACUCGAGGUUCAACCUGGGAAGGCCUGAAGCAAGCCUGCAGUGAUCCUCGCACUUGGCUCUUCUGUCUUAUGCAGAAUCUUCACAUCAGUGCUUGCUCUUUCAACAACUUCUUCCCUACUAUCAUUAGGUCCAUGGGAUUCAAGUCCACCACUGCUCUUCUCCUUACCGCUCCUCCAUACUUUGUUUCUGGAAUCCUUGGUAUUCCGUUUGCCUGGUCUUCGGGCCAUUUCAACGAGCGUACUUGGCACAUCACAGCCGGUCUCUCCUUGGCAGUGGUUGGUUUUGUAAUGUCUUGUGCCACCCUCGACCUAGCGACACGCUACACGGCGACAUUCCUGUAUGCCACGGGUGCUUACUCUGUUGGAUCCGUCAUCCUCGGCUGGGUUAGCAACACUCUCUCACAGACCCCUGAGAAGAAGUCUGUUGCAUAUGCCCUUGUCAACGUCACGGCCAACUUGGCCUACAUCUACUGCGCCUACCUCUGGCCCAAGUCAGAUGAUCCAGUAUACAGAAUGGGCUUCUCCAGCAUGGUUGGAUUUGCAGUGACUAGCAUCAUGUGUGCUUGGGCUAUGAGGGUUUGGUUGAUGAGACUCAACAAGAAGAUUCAGAGGUCGGAGAACGAGGCGGUUGCCCUUUACGCCUACUAA